AUGAGACUUAUCUUUUUUUCAUUCUUCAGGCUUAGAGUCAUCAUGGGCCAUCACAGCAGUGAGCGCGGUGGAAAUGGCGUGCGCGUUAGUCGCUGCCUCGACGCCCUCCAUGGAUCCCCCAAGCGCAUAUCACUACAGCAGAUUCUGGACUGCAGGAACGCAACGAGCAGCAGCUGUGCGGCGGGCGGGUGGCUGACAACAGCGCUGGACUACAUGGUGGACGCCACGCUCACGUGGGGGGGGCUUGCGAGCGAGUCUGGGUACGCGUAUACGCAGAAGGACGGCAAAUCGGUCAAAGCUUGUUCUAAAUUGUGCUCAUCCUUUCUUUUUUCCCUCCAACACUCCUUCCCUCCUCUCUUCCUCCACCUCUCCCUCCCCCCUCUCUCCCUCCACCUCUCCCUCUUUCCUCUCUCCCUCCACCUCUCCCUCUUUCCUCUCUCCCUCCACCUCUUCCUCUUCCCUCUCUCCCUCCACCUCUUUUUCUUUCCUCUCUCCCUCUACCUCUCCCCUUCCCCUUCCCCCGUGCACGCUUCCCUUCCGCCCUCUUCCCCAGGGCAUAUGCAGCGACGCAGGGUGUGCAGCGGCGGGGGUGGUGGAUCACAGUGUGGUGGUGAUGGGGUACAGCUUAACGUCAUCGGAAGGCACCUACUGGAUCCUCCGCAACUCCUGGGGGGGCACGUGGGGCAUGCAGUCGACGUGUGCAGCCAGCAGGACGAAAACCCGUGUGCAGUCGGCACGUGCAUCAACGACAAGGCGGGCGGCUUCUUUUGUCUCUGUCCACCGGGAUUUGACCAGGGGUACCGCCCGAACGGUGCUCACACAUGCGUCCCAACCUACAACCCCUCAUACACCGUCAUCUUCCCAAUAGACAUCAGCUGUCCGCUCGUCUACCAGCUCUAUGGCCUCACAGAGGAGGCGUUUCUCGCUCAGAAUCCCAACCUGGGAAUGGGUCCUUGCAAGUCCAUCCCGGCCAACAUGGCAGUGAGCGUGGCGCCACCCCUCAAGGGGGCAGUGUACUGGCAUGGACCAGUGCGAAACCAUCCUUGCCAACACGGGAGUGAGCAUGGCACCACCCUCAAGGGGGCAGUGUAUUGUGCGCUCUACUACUCGUGGACGGAAAAUGACACGUUUGAGAGCGUGGCGGACAGUUUCUGGCUCACAGUGGACGACUUUCUGACGCUCAACCCCGGAAUCAAUUGCACGGAUUGCACCGCCUGGAACGCUCUGAGCGUGAACAAGCAGGUGAGAUGUGGUGCAUUGAAGUGUACUGCGGUGCUCGGUGGUUUGGCGGACUUGUUCUGGCUGGCAGUUGACGACUUUCUGACACUCAACCCCGGAAUCAACUGCACGGAUUACACCGCUUGGAACACUCCGACUAUGAACCAGCAGCUGUGUGUGGCGAAGGGCAGCGGGGGAGGGGACGUGCCCACGCUGCCCAUGUGCACAACAUGGUACACAGUACACUCGGGGGACACAUGCGAGAGCAUCAUGAAGGAUUUCGCUCUCAACCAAACCACCUUCUUCUCACUCAACCCGGGCGUGGGCUGCGACAGCCUCUUCGCGUCUGUUGGGGGCAGCAGCCUCGGCUGGAGUGGGGGUGGUGUGCAGGUGAGGGAAUGGCAGCAGGUGUGUGUGGAUGCAUACCUGGUGGAAACCUCGGGCUCACCCACCCCUCGCUCCCUCCGUGAGCUCUUCUCCACUUCCCCACUCGUUCCCUCCACCCCAUCCCUCUCCUUCCAAUCCUCCUCUUCUUCCUCUUCUUUCUCCUCCUCUUCCUCCUCUCCCUUGUCUCUCUCAACACGAGGACUGCUCAUCCCCUCUCCCUCCGCUCAACCAAUGAGAGGACGCCAGCUGGCGGUGUCAAAGAAGCGGUGCCUGGCGUUUUACUCAGUGACGCGGGGGGAAUUUUGUGCGCGCAUCAUAUCGCUCAAGUUCCAGAACACAUCCCCCACGCUUCCACUCCGCCUUCCCCCACGCUUCCACUCCGCCUUCCCCCACGCUUCCACUCCGCCUUCCCCCACGCUUCCACUCCGCCUUCCCCCCCGCUUCCACUCCGCCUUCCCCUCCGCUUCCACUCCCCGCCCCCGCGCUUCACUUUCCGUCACCCACUGUUUCACUCCCCUUCCCCCACUGUGA